CGUAUCCAGGCUCACGGCGCCUGCGUAACGACAGGAAUAACCAUUUGUUUUAUUCUCGGUCAGAUAUUUGUGCAAGUGAUGUUGCCGACUUCACUUCGGAGGAUGAUCCUUUUUCAACAACUCGCCUUUGUUUUAAUCUAGCCCUCUCCAACACACUUGGCUGAAGUCUAUAAAUCCUAAAUGGACCCACGUCGUAAAUCAAGCUGAAAUGCUUUUCUUUGAACACAUCCUGAGUGUUAAUUCCUUCUGCUCGCCAUUUUUAAUGUUGCUUUUUGUUGUUUGGUCAAAGAUGGUGGAGGGUAAACUCAACCAAACAGUUUACAAACUUUUGCAAAGUUACAUAUUCGGGUUGUUGACUCUUAUAUGUUAUAUUAAUAUAAUAUUUUACCUUCUCUGAAUGAGGCUGGAUCAGCUGGCCUGUGUCAAACAGAUUCACAAUGAGAACUGAGGAGCUGCUUUACUAUCCACAAACAUGCUAUUAAUAAUCUCUGUAUAUUUGGGGUAUUUUUCCAAAGAGCAAACCUAUGGAGAGGUGAACCAGUUAGGCGGCGUGUUCGUCAAUGGUCGACCCCUGCCCAAUGCCAUACGAUUGAGAAUAGUGGAGUUGGCUCAGCUCGGGAUCAGACCCUGUGAUAUAAGCCGGCAGCUCAGAGUCUCCCACGGCUGCGUGAGCAAGAUUUUGGCGAGGUACAACGAGACGGGCUCCAUCUUACCCGGUGCCAUCGGAGGAAGCAAACCACGGGUCACGACGCCUAACGUGGUGAAAAAUAUCAGGGAAUACAAACAAAACGACCCCGGGAUAUUUGCCUGGGAAAUCCGAGACAGGCUUUUAGCAGAUGGAGUUUGUGACAAGUACAAUGUCCCGUCAGUUAGCUCGAUCAGCAGGAUUUUACGCAACAAGAUUGGGAAUCUGUCCCAGCCCAGCCAGUAUGAGAGCAGUAAGCAGAGCUCCGCACAGGCCGGCCUGUCCUACAACCACAUCUACCCCUACUCAUACCCCAACACCAUGUCGCCCACUGGCACUAAAAUGGGCAGCCCCCCUGGAGUACCGGUGACGGCUGGACACAUGAGCAUAUCCAGGGCCUGGCCUUCUGCGCACACCGUCAGCAACAUCCUCGGUAUACGAGCCUUCAUGGAUCCUGCAGUUACUGUUUCUGUGUCAGCCAUUGCUGGAACAGAGGGAUAUCCACCAAAAAUGGAGGAGUGGAGUAGCGUCAACAGAGCAGCUUUCCCCCCUGCCCACACAGUCAACGGGAUUGACAAGUCAGCCAUUGACGCGGACAUUAAAUAUGCUCAGCCUUCCUCGACACUGUCCAGUUACGUCUCGGCGUGUGCCUACUCCCCUACCAACCAGUAUGGGGUGUACAGUGGGCCAGCGGGCGGCUACGUGGCCCCGGGCCACCACCACUGGCAGCCGCAGAGCCCGGCCCUGUCCCACCCAGGGAGCGGGAUGAGCAUGCACGCGGGAGAGAUCCACUCCACGAUGGCCUUCAAGCAUCAGGCCCGAGAAGGAGACAGAAAACCGCCCAGUCCGCUGAGCAAGCAACAACAACACGAAGACUUGAACAGUGUGCAUGGACUCAGUCUCCCUACCUCAUCAUCAUAACCUGGACUUAUAUCACCUAAAUUACCAGAACCAUUUAACUGAACUCAUUUCAACUCAAACAACAGUAAGUGUCAACUCUGCUGGCUUGUUUGCAGAUGUCGGUCCAACACAGGCCUGUUCAUGUGCAUAUUGAACCCAGUAUAAAUAACUCUGUCGGUCUUCAUGGCCUCAUGAAUGUAAGCUUGCAUGGAUGUAUCGGUGUUUCCCCUCUUUUUUUUUUUUUUUCCUCCGUUGAAAUUCUUCUAAAUUGUAUAUCGUGUUAUGGAAAACUGCAGGAUAAAAAUCGAUAUUUUUGCCAGUCAGUUCUGUCACUGAUGUUUUAUUUUAAGUCUAAAAUCCAAGGGCUAUUUUGUAAUCCGCCAUAUAUUAUAUUAUCUUAAUUUGUGGCCAUGAUCUCCAUUCUACCAUGACUCAACGAUGUGAACAAAUAGAUAAAAUGUCUAAAUGUAAAGUAUUUGCCAAAGCUUUAAUUAUAUAUUUUUAUAAUUUCAUUGUAAAUAUUAAAAAAAUAAAGGCUUUCUCAAAUGCCA